UAUCUGGCUCUUUUUGUCGUUGGGUCACUUACCCUUGAAGAUCAACAUGCCCUGGGGAGCUUUACAACAGACGAAGCUCAUAUACCGGUGAAUCUUCAACUGAGCAUGCCAUCUCGUCGGCCUCACACAAACUCCCACCAUGGGUGUCUCCAGUGCAAGACAAAGCGCGUCAAGUGCGACCAGUUGCAGCCCAAGUGCACACGCUGCAGUAAACGGGGCUCGGACUGUACGUAUCGUCACUUGAUGACUGCGUACAAUCCUUUUCAACAGCAAGACCCGGACACCCGCACUCAGCAGGCCCCCAUGUCACAGUCGCAGCACCAUCCUAUUCAGGCACCUCGACACCAAAGUUCAUCACUGCCUUUCCACCCCGAGGUCUAUCAGCUUCAGAAUCCGAGCUCAGCUGCGCACACGGUGCCCUUGACACAUAUACCACCACCACCACCACCACCACCACCACCACCACCACACCCGCCGGCGAAUCCAACCGACGCAUUCUUGCUGCACCACUAUACCAAGACACUGUCUACGCCCAAUCUAGGACCUAUACUCGAGUCGGAGCAUUUCAACACGCUGAACAAGGCUAUACUAAGCCACACGCACAAUGUCUCCGCGCCCUAUGUGCGCCACGUCGUCCUGUCCUUCUCGGCACUGCACCUGGCCUCUCAACAAGCUACCCACACCACGAGCGACCCCUCUGGACUACUUCUCCCACGUAGAGACUCUGGAUCACCAUCUGAAGGCUCAUGGCUGCACAUUGCCCUGUCACACAACGCGCAAGCAUUGGCCUUGUUUCUGCCAGCGAUCCAGGCUGGAAUCACCCCAACUACGGCAGAGCCUCUGCUUGCCGCGUCCGUGGUCUUGGUAGCUUGCCAACUUGCGCUUCCAGCGGCAGACCCUACGCGACGCACGGCUUUUGACCGCAUCGACCUGCUGGCCCAGGUCGCAGGCUUGUUCCAGGGAACAAACCACAUAUUCUUGUACAAUGGCCACACAGCCAUGUCAACCCGCAUCAAGACUGAAUCACCCACGUCUUCGGGGAAAUCGUCCUCGUCCUCAUCCGAGCUCUCUUCUUCGCCCUCGACGGCCAACGACAUUCCAAAAUCACCUGGCGACAACGUUCCCUGGGCAGAGGCAGAGGCGUCCGUCCACUGCUGCAUUGGCGCCAUGAACGCGCUCCCUCCCGCCUCCACGGAUGCCGAGAGGACGCGGCGCACCGUGUUGCACCAUGCCGCCGCCAAGCUGAUCCGGACGUUCUCUCUCAUAUCGACGUCCCAGCGCAACUUUCACGUCUUGUGCGUGUGGUUCGCCAUGGUCAAGAAAGAGUUUGUCGGGCUGCUGGCAGCUAGAGAUCCGUUCGCUUUGAUAUUGCUAGCGCACUGGUCAGUGUGCAAGACCAACAUGGACGGCAUCUGGUGGGCGCGAGGGUGGCCCGAAGCCGCCGUCUCGUCCAUUGACGAGGCACUGGGUCAGGAUUCGGAACAUCGAGGCUUGCUGACUUGGUGUGUCCGGCAAGUGCAGACGAGACAAGAGAGUCUGGCGUCUGCGGUCGCGGCGCAUACAUUGCAGGAGGGAUAUGCAAGCUCGUCGCAAUGGCUGCCGACUCAUCAGUAUCUCUCGUAGGAGUAAGUGCUCCAUGUGAGAAGAGAUGGGCAGCCGUUUCUUGCGUCCAGGUUUGACGAGACUUUCCUGCUUUCGCCUCUGGGGGUGCAUAUCGUUCUUAUCUUUGGUGUCAGAGGAGGUGGCAUGUUGCUAGGUGCUGUUCAGUUCUAAACACUUCUUUUCUCGAGCGAGAGCGGAUAUCAUGUCUUUCGAAUCAACAUGUGGAAUUUUACGGAUAUACACGAAAGGAAUGAAGCCACGAAGCGACCGGAAUUUUCAGGGGCUCUAUAGAUAAAAGUCACGUCCUUUUCAAUAAACACUCUCGCCACG